GAAUAGCUAUGUAUAAUUUAAAUAAUACAACCUAUAAUGAAACAAUGACAAAUGGUUUAAAUAACAACUGUGAUAAUAAUCAAUCAUGGUGGAAAUCACUUUUGAGUAUGAGUAAUGGUGGUAGUGUGAUAUGCCUACCUCAUCUUUAUGCUUUUGUAAUCAACAGUCAUUCUUAUUAUCAGAUUCAUUUUGCUAAUACUAAGGGCUAUUUGGUGAAUUGGUUUGUAUAUGAUACAAAUGCACAGGAUUAUAUAGCAGAACAAUAUAAACUUGACAAGAAUAUUGUUGAUUUAAUUGAACAAGAAUUAGCAAUUGUUAACCAGUUUGUUCAAGGUUUAUAUCAAUUACAUGAUGCUGAAUAUUCUCAAGCCGAUUGGUGGUUUAAUAAGUAA